AACCCAGUUUUACCAGGAUUGUCGCUGAAUCUUAUGUCCCUGGUUUUACCAAAACCGUUAUUACCUCUUAACCUGGUUUUAUCAGAAUUGUCGCUGGAUCAUAUGUCACCUGUUUUACCAGGACCGUCAUUAAACAUUAUGUCUAUAUUAUUUUUAACGCCAGUAGACAUCAAUUCUCCUGUUGAUUUUUUAUUAUCUCCAGUCACCAAUUUUAGUAGUGAUCGUCAGUCUUCUGAGCAAGGGUCCUUAAUAGAAAAUAAUAACAUCGAUAAUGGAAUUAUAAUCGACACAGAUUUAGAGAAAAGUGAGAAUCUGAUAGAUACUUCAGGAUUAAAUAAUGACCUAACCUUUGUAAACUGUAUUCACAAUCCUCAAGUAACUUGUGACUCCACUAAAUGGCGAAAUGCAGUUUCACAACAGACAGAAUGUCCCUGGAGGCUUAAUGUGUACUGCUCUAAAAAAAGCAAUAUUUUAAAAAUUACUUCAUUUGUGGAUAACCAUAAUCACAUGCUUAGUACAACUAUCCAUGAAACAGCACCAAAAUUCAGAAAAUUAAUGCUGGAAAUGUUAUCUGACAUUGAAAAAUAUGUAAUUCAAGGCCGGAUGGACUCUGGAUCUAUUUACCCUUUACUUAAACAUGACUAUCUCAAUAACCUCAUCUUUAAAAAAGACCUUUACAAUGCAGUAUAUCAGUUUCGAGCUACAAAUAAUCCAGGUAACUCGGAUGCAUCCCAAAUGCUUCAAAUGUUAUUAAGUUAG